UAGGACAGAUUCCUAUCAACCGCGUCGCUGAACUGGUAACAGUAAACUUGAAUCUGAAGUUAAUUUUGCCCUUCUUGUUGUAUAUUGUUCAGCAUUUUCGAGUUCACGUUGAACCCACCAUAUCAGAGCCGCCGCCUGUGAGCGACGAGAGGUAUCGUUGCCAUGGAAACGCGUCCCCGUGCGACAAACUGACCUUUAAUGGAGGCUCCAGGAAACACGAAAAGGCACAGCAUGAGUAUAAAAAUACAUAUAAACCGUGGAAAUGACCUGCAAUCAAAAAAAGGAGAUAGCUUUCAGAGUUUGGUGCGGGUUGAGUUUGAUGGAACAUUGCUGGGAGAGUCAGAUGAGAAGCAGGGUAACCCCAUGCAGGACUUUAUUGACUAUAAAUUUACCUGCAUCUUCCGCUGUCCAAACGACGCUCAGGCUCUCAGUGACAUUGCCCAAAAACCCAUUGUAUUGACAGUGAUAGAAGUCCUGGCUGAGGAGAAGAAUGAUGAACCAAGACAAGUGCCUCUGGGCCAGGCUGUUGUUGACCUUCUACCACUGUUACAAGGUACAGCUAUAGCUAUCCGGUCUUUCCAUACCAGAUCAGUCAGAUCUGACAAAGGUUCCCACCUGGCUUCUUCAUAAUCAGAUGACUUAUUUAUUGCUCAUGAAAAAAA